AUGCCUCCUCCAAAAGGAACAAAGACAAAUCCGCUAGAAGGUCCAGCCGACUAUGACAUGACCAGCGACGUGCACAGUGAUACAUAUCCAGCGAUUGAUCCGACCAAGGCCAACUUCAAAGGCAAAGCCGUCUUCAUCAGCGGCGCCUCCAGAGGUCUGGGUCGCGCGAUGAGUGUCUCGUUUGCCAAGGCCGGCGCGUCCAUGAUCGCCCUGGGAGCCCGGGGCGACACGUCGGAGACGCAACGGGCAGUCAAGGACGCCGCGGCAGCAGCCGGGAAGCCCGCCCCAAGUAUUCUACCCAUCAAGUUUGACGUUGCCGACAAGGACAGCGUCGGCGCUGCGGCGUCAAAGGUUCGAAGCGAGUUUGGCAGGGUGGAUAUCGUCAUUGCCAAUGCCGCCGUCCUCGAGACUGGCAAGAUUACCGAAAUGGACCCCGAUGCAUGGAUCCGAACCUUUACGACCAACACUGUUGGCCUUUACCUAUUGUAUCGAUCUUUCAUUCCGCUGAUGCUUGAAGGAGGCGACAAAACUAUUGUCACGGUAAGCAGCGUCGGCGCUCACCUCGUAGGACCUGAAUAUAGCGCCUAUCAAACCUCUAAAUUCACAGUCCUCCGACUGGCAGAAUUUGCAUGCGCAGAGUAUGGCGAUCAGGGUUUAUUGGCAUAUUCCAUCCAUCCCGGCAAUAUCCCAACAGACAUGGUCGGUGGUAUGGAAGGACUUGCGCCCGGUUUGAAACACAUAUUUGUUGAUACACCACAGCUCAGCGCAGACUCUCUUGUCUAUCUGACGUCAGAGAAGAGGGACUGGCUUGCUGGGAGAUAUAUCAAUACGACCUGGGAUUUGCCCCAGCUCAUGGCGAAGGAAGAUGUUAUCGUAUCUGGAGAUAAGCUCAAAGUUAGGCUUGUAGUAUAA